AAACAGGAAGUGACUCAGUUCAGAGAAAACGAAACUGAUCGCAGAGUCUCCCUCUCUCUCUCUUUCUCUCUUUCUCUCUCUCAGUGUAGACACUCAGGAGAAUGGCAGAGGCCAGUAUUUCAGUAGAUCAGAACCAGUUCAGCUGUACAGUCUGUCUGGAUCUGCUGAAGGAUCCAGUGACCGUUCCCUGUGGACACAGUUUCUGUAUGGUGUGCAUUAAUGGCUGCUGGGAUCAGGAGGAUCAGAGGGGGCUCUACAGCUGCCCCCAGUGCAGAGAGACCUUCACUCCGAGGCCUGUUCUACGCAGAAGCUACUUUAUAGCUGAAAUGUUGGAGAAACUGAAGAAGACAGAAGACCGAGCUGCUUCUCCUGCUGGAUCUGGAGAUGUGGAGUGUGAUUUCUGCACUGGAAGGAAACGCAAAGCUGCAAAAUCCUGUCUGACGUGUCUGGUCUCCUUUUGUGAAGGUCAUCUUCAACCUCACUAUGAAGGUGCUGCUUGGAAAAGGCACAAGCUGGUCACAGUGUCCGCACGACUACAAGAGAAGAUCUGCUCUCAACACGACAAACUGAUGGAGAUCUACUGUCGCACUGACCGAAGCAGCAUCUGCUAUUUGUGUGCAAAAUAUGAACACAAAGGCCACAAUACAGUCUCAGCUGCAGCAGAAAGACCCCAGAAACAGAGGGAGCUGGAGGAGAUGCAGAGAGAAGUCCAGCAGAGGAUCCAGGAGAAGCAGAAGAAGCUGCAGGAGCUGGAACAGGCUGUGAACACUCUUAAGCGCUGUGCUCAGACAGCAGUGGAGGACACUGAGAGGAUCUGGACUGAACUGAUCUGCUCCAUUGAGAAAAAGCGCUCUGAGCUAACAGAGCUGAUCAGAGCUCAGGAGGAGGCUGAACUGAGUGCAGCUGAGGAACACUCGGAGAAACUGGAGCAGGAGAUCGCUGAUCUAAAGAGGAGAAACACUGAGCUGGAGCAGCUUUCACUCACAGAGGAUCACAUCCAUUUCCUCCAGAGUUUUCAGUCUCUGAGCGUCUCUUCUGGAUCUGAGGACUCCUCCAGCAUCUCUGUCCAUCACCAUCUCUCAUUUGAUGGAGUGAGGAGCGCUCUCUCUGAUCUGAAGGAGAGACUAGAGGAGUUCUGCAGAGAGGAGUUCAGGAAAAUCCCUCCACAGGCUGCAGCAGCUCCUUUAUCACUCUCAGAACCAAAGAGCAGAGAAGAUUUUCUACAGUAUUUCUGUCAGCUGACUCUGAAUCCUAAAACAGCACAUCAUCAACUCAUCCUGUCUGAGAAGAAGAAAGUGGUGAAGUGGAGUCAUGUAGUCCAGAGUUACUCUGAUCAUCCAGAGAGAUUUGACCGCAGGUCUCAGGUGCUGAGUGUGGAGAGUCUGAGUGGACGCUGUUACUGGGAGGUUGAGCGGAGCGGACCUGUGAAAAUAUCAGUCUCAUAUAAAAAGAUCAGGAGGAAAGGAGAGGGUAAUAAGUGUGUGUUUGGACGUAAUGAUCGGUCCUGGAGUCUGUUUUGUUCUUCUUCUCUUCUCUCUUUCUGGCACAACAACAUUAAAACCGCUCUCCCAGGAGAUGCCUCCUCCACAAUAGGAGUUUAUGUGGAUCACAAUGCAGGAAUUCUGUCCUUCUACAGCAUCUCUGACACAAUGACCCUCCUACAUACAGUCCACUCCACAUUCACUCAGCCUCUCUACGCUGGGUUCUGGGUUUCUGGAGGGUCAUCUGUGAGGUUGUGUGAUAAAAAAUGAUGGUGGUGAUCGUGGCUGAUGGUCUGUCAAUCCUGUUUGACUAAGUUUCUGCUCUGAUCAUCCGUUUUUCCUCACCUAAUUAUAUUUGAUCAGAGUCUAUUAAUAGUGAUUGUCCUCUUAUAAUCUCAGGUUUAUUUCAUUCAAAAGCUUAUUAUUCAUUAACUACAUGAACUACAGUGUAAACUGACUGAGUUAUUCUUAGGUUAUAGAAGUGUGUAAUAAAGUUUGGACCUGCUGGUCACCUACAAUCCACACAUGGAUGAUGGACUCUUCAGUAGAGAGUCUUCAAGGGUUAAAGUCAUUACACUCAGUGUUUUAGUGAAACAGCUCCUCAAUGUGAACAAAGCUGUGCUCACAUUUGUCUUUGUGAAUAUUGUCAUUUUUCAUAUAUAGUGUAUUUUUCUUCUCUGAAAUGUGGUGCAGGUUGUGUUUUAUCUGGGAGAUCAUAAUCAUACAUUUAUUAUCCUCAUAAUAAUGUUUAGUCAUAAAUGAGCUGCAGAGAAUCUCUAGCUUAGAGGAUCUGCUUGCUGUUCUUAUUCAGCACCAGCAGGGGGCAGUGUGAGGAGAGGGUUUUCAUUAAGCUGAUCGUUUUGUCAAGAUAUAAGUUUCUGAUUGAAAUGAGGAAACUAAGCCUCGCUGAGGGUCGCUGGCUAAUGGCCCCAUCACACAUCUUUAGUUAGAGAGCUGAUGUUAGCGCUGGACACACGUUUCCCCCACUGACCGAUGAUUCUUAUUGUUUUAUUAGCUUUGAUCUGAAACUGUUUUUGUUGUUUGUAAAAGAAUGUCUAAUAAAUAGCUGCAGAGAA